AUGUCGCAAUCGACACCCACACGUUCGCCGUCACGGCGGCGCGUUCUACCCGUCGAAACACCUGGCUCCGCGCGCUCCACGACGUCCAACACGGACCGGUCCACGCUCGUCGAGCGUGUAGAAGAACUGGAUCUGGAAGUGCACGACUUGCGGCGCCAGAUUGCAGCGGAACGUGCACGGCGCCGCACGUCUGCCUCGACAUCUACUCGCACCGCUGCGGCGACGCUGUCACUGUCGUACAUGGAUCCAAGUGGGCGGCGGGGUGCGGGACAGCUGAAGCAGGUGCUGGCAGAGAAGCUGCGCGACAUGGACGACGAUGCGCUGACCGCGCUGCUCACAGCUUCGAGUGCGGCGUUGGGCAAGCUGAUUAGUGGGAGCGGGGAGGAUGAGGGGGAGGCGGAUGGCAAGGUGUGGAUGGUGAUGGAUGCGGCGUUGGUGCCGAGCAAGUCGGUCGGGGUGGAGGGAACGGGGAGUGGGAGCGACAUUGAUCGGCGGUUCUACAACGGCAAGUCACGGACAGGGAUAGCGGAAGAGCUGUCGGCGACCCGACACGCUGCCAACAUCAACAGCUGGCUCAAGGACCGGCAGCGCCGUCUCACGUCUCUGGUCGAUGGUCUCGUGCAGUUUUCGCAUCUGGAAAUCGACUCGCUCUCGCAAACGGAACCCUCCUCUGGUGCAGCGACAGCUUCGAGAACGCGCAGCAUUCGGAUAGCGGGCAACAUUGCACGACUGUUCCCGAUCGAUAUCUCGUUGGACGUUGUGGAAGACGAACUUCCCGCAAGCAGUCAAUCGCCGCAGAUCCGGGACUUGCAGCUAACGCUCCCGCCGUGGCUGGUUACGGCGCUCGACACGCCACACAAGUUGUACAGCAAGCUGUUGGCGCGAAACGACCUGCCUGCGAUCCUGCUGAUGCUGCGCACAAUGGUGCCGCUGCUCUCGUUGCGACGCAACUUGUUCAGCUCGUUGUUGGAGACAUAUACCGACCUAGCACGCGAUCACGUCCGCUCAUGGGAGGCACAAAACCGCCUCGACUUCACGCCGUUCCACCCACCGUCUUCCUCGUCUUCCUCCACGACCACCACCACAGCCUCCAGGAAAAGCGCCAAGAUCGACGAGGCUCUCGGCAAGUCUCUCAUCCUGCCCGUCGCCAGCGAGACGUUCAUGCUGACAAACAAGGCGCGCGCCUCGCUCGAACUGCACUUUGCCAUCCGAUGGAACAGGUUCGGCCAUGCAUACCCACACCUCACCGCCACUCCGCACGUCCCCGCCAACUUGGCAGAUGCAACCACCACAGCCUUCCUGCAAGACUUCCAGGCCGAAUUCCACCACCUGCUCAAAGUCGCUGUCGCCCAAAACGCCAUCGUCGGGUUACCAGACCACGAGGCAGAACACGAACACGACGAACAGCUGCACCCCUCCGUCGGAAGAUGGGGCAUCGCCCCUGCUAUCCACGCUACCAUCAAGGCCUUCUUCAGCUUGCAUCAGGAAGACGCCUCUGCAUCCAGCUCGAUGGAGCAAGAGUGA